AUGGCGUCCCUUACAAGCUUUCCCAAUGAGCUCCUAAUGGAGAUUUCGAAAUACAUAAAUGAUUCCGCCGAUUUGAAGCACCUUUGUCUCGUUAGUCGACGCCUUUACUUCGUGUUUGACCCUGUUUUGUACGCCUUCGCUGCUCUCAACCAUCCGCACCUCAUGUGCUGGGCUUCCGAAGCUGGCAGAAUUGAAACGGUGAAGAAGCUCCUCUUGGGAGGGAUGAGCCCUAAUAUGAUUACAUCUAAUCAUAGAGACAAAGAUGUAGAGGAUGGUCGGCAUAUCAAAUGGGCUCGCGAUAUGGCAGAUACUGGGGCUGUGAUCGGAUCGGUAAUGACCCAUAAGCAGAGGGUUGUGGAAUCCCGUUCCAAGCAGAAGAACGAACCACCGACAUAUGACGAGCACUUGACCAAGAGAAAACGAAGGAGGAGAAUACGGAAGUACUUGCGUUCGUCGGUGGAUACUUUCUGGUUUUCUCUCCAUUCCGCUGCUAUGGCUGGGUCUACUGAGAUAACCGAACUUCUACUAGACUCUGGGGCUCAGUUAGAUGUUCCUUCGCGCGCAUUACACAUCUGGGAGGCUUAUUAUCGCUGUAGAGAAUCAUCGAAGAAGACUCACUUUUGGACACCACUGCAUACCGCCUUAUGCUGUGGUCAGGAAGAUGUGGCCAACCUUCUCAUCACUCGGGGAGCAUCCGUAGAUGUCGAAGUUCAAACACGGCCGUCUAAUGCACUACAUUGGGCGGCUCGAUGCGGCUGUUUAUCAACCAUACGACUACUUCUAGAAGGCGACCAAAAGGUCCCCGUCGACACUCGAGAUUUUGAGGGUGCAAGUCCCCUUAUGUGGGCUUUAGGGACCACAAACAGUAUCGCGACAAUGAAAUGCCUGCUCCAAUAUGGUGCGAACCUUGAUGUGUUGACGCAUGGACAAUGUCCUCACCAUGAUAACCAAUCCACAGCACUUCUGCGAGCUCUUCGCCAUUGCUGGUAUGAGGAUGCUGGAUUUCUUAUUAAUUCCGGCGCAAAUAUUCAUCCUCCUACAGACGACUUACCUUCCGCCUUAGACCAGUGUCUUAUUUCAUUACGCGUAGGCUAUUUCGACAUGAAGAGCGAGACUCGACUCAGCGAGCUUGCUUCGAGAGAGAGCGAAUCUCGCAAAGUUUUUUGCGAGGCCUUUGACGUUAGGAGUCAAUUGAGGUAUCUGUCGAGUUAUCCUUCCUACAACGAUAUUACUGGUGCAAAAGUUCGCAUUGGGAUGGUAGGAGUGGCUAAAAAGCUGAUACUCCACGGUGCUAAUGUCCAUGGUUCUCCCACCGCUGAAUCUUCUCCAAUAGUGCGCGCGGCAAGAGCUCAUUUGCCGGAGAUAGUAGGCCUCUUGCUUAAGUUUGGGGCUUCAGUUGACCACGAGGAUGACGAUGGGACGUAUCCACUACUUGCUGCUGUUUCGACACGAUGUACCACGCAACCAGAAUCUUACAUCGAUACUGUUGCGUGCCUCCUGAAAAAUGGGUCAAAUCCUGACAAGGCAACUCGGGUCAAGCAAUACCGGACAGCUCUCGCGGCUCUAUGCUUGUUGCAAUUUGACAACCCCGGGGAACUUGAGGUUGCUAAACUUCUAGUCGAACAUGGUGCGGAUAUACACGCUCGCGGUUACUCAAACGUGUAUAGGGAUCGACUGCAGUUGACACCACUUCAAGCCGCUCUCUACAGUUGUAAACCGGACAUUUGUCGGUACCUCAUAAAUAAAGGCGCGAAGAUGGAUCCCGACAAGUUGGAUUUUCACAAAGUGCUGCAUAAUUUAAAGAGUCGGUUCUGCGGUCCUUUCGCGCUACCCGGCGGCUUACCGCGCGAACGAGUAGCAGAAAUCUUCCGACUCCUCGUGGAACUCGAUCAAUCAAGAUCUCUUAUGGAAAAUUCCAUGUGUUUUUGGAUGUCUAUAACCAUCGGUUCCUUUCCUCUGGUGAAAGAAUUUCUCGAUUCGGGUGCUUCCGAUGCGUCGUGGGUCGACAGGUUCAAUCAAACUUGUCUUCAUAGGUUGGCUGCCAAUACGUCCGGCGAGCUUGAGGCCACUGCCUUGGUACCGCAACUUAUUGAAGUGGGAGCGGACGUAAACAUGCUUGAUUCGUAUCGACGCACGCCAUUUACACACCUUAUUUUACCAUCGUCCUCCGCGCGCGAUCCUGAGGAAAGCCUUGAACCGUAUACUGAGCUGUUCAAGGCCUUCAUUGAAAACGGGGUAGUCCAGAGUAAAUGGAAUAUAGCGACAUUCAAAUGGUUAAUGGAAUCCGGAUGCUCUAACUCCUCCACAUUUCGAACACGUUGGGCUGUUGAACUAGGAAGUCUAUACCAGGUGAAAGAGGGAAAGAUAGUUCCCCGAGAACAACGCCUUUAUGGGGAAGCCUUAAUAUUAGAUGGGAUGGAGGAGGAACGAAUGUCUAACUGGGGAGACAUGUCUGAUAUGCCUGAAAUGUCUGGCCUAUCUGACAGGGAAGAAGAUUUAUUUUUUUAAAUCCUUUUUAAGGAAAAAAAAUUUGACAG